CGGUUGUGGCUUGUGUAGUGUAUAAUUGAGGUCCAAGCCAUUAUUUACAUCAUAUGGUCGAUGGUCAAAUAAAAAGAAGUAGUAGUAGUGAUGCGUGAUGGUUAAACAAAUCAUAAAAAAGUACAAGAAAUAAACUUAAUAAUACCCAUUCCCAUUAAUAUAAAAUGGCCACAGAAACGCAAGAAAGUCCAGCUAUUUCAGCUGAUGAUAUAAAAUUGGCCGAAAAAUAUAAAUCAGACGCCAAUGAAUACUUUAAGAAGCAAGAUUUCAACAAUGCAAUAGACUUUUAUACCAAAGCAAUUGAAAAGAAUCCUGAAGUAGCAAUAUACUAUGCUAACCGUAGUUUUGCAUACCUGAAAACUGAAUGUUUCGGAUAUGCUUUAUCAGAUGCAUCAAAAUCGGUAGAAUUAGACAAAACAUAUGUGAAAGGUUACUAUCGAAGAGCUGCUGCUCAUAUGUCAUUAGGAAAAUUCAAAGAGGCCCUAAAAGAUUAUGAAUAUGUAACAAAAGUAAGACCAAAUGAUAAAGAUGCGAAAAUGAAAUACUCUGAAUGUAACAAAAUAGUUAAGAAGAUUGCUUUUGAGAAAGCAAUAGCAGUGGACGAUAAUAAAAACAUAGCUGAUACCAUUAAUCUUGAUGCUAUGACUAUAGAAAAUGAAUAUGCUGGACCAGAGCUUGAAGAUGGAAAAGUUACACUUCAGUUCAUGAAAGACUUAAUGGAAUUAUAUAAAAAACAAGGAAAAUUACAUAGAAAAUAUGCUUACAAGAUAUUAUUAGAUAUAAAAUGUUAUUUUAUGAAGCAAACCACCUUGGUGGAAAUACCCAUUGGCGAUGAGCAUAAAUUUACUGUAUGUGGAGAUAUUCAUGGACAAUUUUAUGACUUGAUGAAUAUUUUCGAAAUGAAUGGACUUCCAUCUGAGACGAAUCCGUAUUUAUUCAAUGGCGAUUUCGUUGACCGAGGAUCGUUUUCUGUAGAAUGCAUUUUUACAUUAUUUGGCUUUAAACUGUUGUAUCCCAACCACUUUUUUAUGUCUAGAGGAAAUCACGAAAGUGCUACCAUGAACCAAAUGUACGGUUUCGAUGGUGAAGUCAAAUCCAAAUAUACUGCUCAAAUGGCUGAUCUCUUUACUGAAGUUUACAACUGGCUUCCCCUAGCUCAUUGUUUAAAUAAGAGAGUGUUGGUCAUGCACGGGGGCCUAUUCACUAGAGACGAUGUAACAUUAGAUGAAAUUAGAAAAAUUGAUAGAAAUCGGCAGCCGCCCGAUGAAGGUCCAAUGUGUGAACUCUUGUGGUCCGAUCCUCAACCUCAGAACGGACGGGCGCCAAGCAAACGGGGCGUCGGGUGUCAAUUUGGACCAGACGUUACCAAGACUUUCUUAGAUCUUAACAAACUCGAUUAUAUUAUAAGAAGUCACGAAGUUAAGAAUGAUGGGUAUGAAGUUGCUCAUAACGGGCUGUGCAUUACGGUUUUUUCUGCUCCAAACUAUUGUGAUACUAUGGGUAAUAAGGGUGCAUUUAUUACAUUGAAAGGAAGCGAUAUGUUACCAAAUUUUACAACAUAUGAAGCUGUACCACAUCCAAAUGUGAAGCCAAUGGCGUACGCGAGUUCAUUAUUGAGUCUAAUGUGCUAGUACCUGUCCUUUGUAGUAAUUUUUUUAGAUUACUUUUUCGUUUUAAUUAUUACCUGAAUAAAUUGAGGAAAAUAGUAAUUUUAUUAACAUCUAAUUGCUUUAAACUUAAAUUGCCAUGUAAUUUUCGAUGAAUUAAGGUGUAUACAAUUUUAUUGUUAAUAAUUUGUUGCCGUUUUUAUUAUAUACACUUAAAAUCAAUUGUAGGACCAUUUCAAUAAAGUAUUUAUUUAUUUUUAAUUUCAUUUUCUGUAGAUAUGUAUGAAAUUGUAAUAGCUACUUACUGCCCUUUUGUCAUUUACGAGGAAGAUAUUUUUGACAUCACCUGUUUACUUUUUUUUUUGAAAAUUGUUCAAUUUUAUAGGGUAUAUUUUAAUAAAAAGUAAGAACGAAU